ACUUCAUGUAUACCAACCAGACAUGGGAAGACACUCAGUACCUGCAAUCAUUAACUUAACUCUAAGCGUGAAGUCUAAUUUAUUCCUGGCAAUUGACAGAACUGCCCCAUUUUGCUGGAGAAACAAGCGUUGCAAGUCCUACCACGGGGAAAAGCAGAAGCAACCUUUGAAGCUCAGGUGCUCAGCCGAGUGAGAUGGCAGAGAAUCUGACAUUGAAGCGAGAAAUUGGCUUGACCAGUGCUAUUUCACUUGUAGCUGGAACUAUGAUUGGAUCAGGUAUUUUUAUGUCCCCGGAGUGGGUACUGCAUAACAUCGGGAGCCCCGGCGGCAGUCUCCUUAUAUGGGGAGCCUGUGGCUUGGUAGUCAUCUUUGGAGCUCUGUCCUAUGCUGAAUUGGGAAUUUUAAUCAAAGAAUCUGGGGGUGACUACAUUUACAUCCUGAGGACUUUUGGGUCCCUCCCAGCUUUUCUCUUUGCCUUCACCUCAACCAUUGUGGUGAGGCCUGCUGGGGUGGCAGCUGUCUCACUGAGCUUUGCAGAAUACGCUAUCGUGCCAUUUUAUUCUGGGUGCUCCCCCCCACAGGCCAUGAUCAAAUGCGCUGCCAUAAGCUGCAUCCUCUUCCUGACUUUGGUCAACUGCCUCAGUGUCAGGCUAGCGACGUCUCUGAUGAACAUAUUUACAGCUGCCAAGCUCUUGGCGCUUCUGGUCAUUGCAGUGGGAGGACUGGUGCUGCUUGCUCAGGGGCAAACCCAGAGUUUCCAAGAUGCCUUUCAAAACACCAGGGCAGAGGCCGGAGCUAUUGGAAUUGCAUUUUAUCAAGGUCUCUGGUCUUUCGAUGGAUGGAACGUCUUGAACUCGGUGACUGAAGAAAUUAAAAAACCUGAAGUGAAUCUACCAAGGGCAUUGAUGAUUGCUAUUCCUCUGGUGACCUGCUUUUAUUUGCUAGUAAAUGUGAGCUAUUUUGCAGCCAUGACUCCUGUUGAGUUUUUGACUUCCGGUGCAGUUGCCAUUACCUGGGGAAAUAAAGUCCUGGGCAACUGGGUAUGGCUGAUGUCACUGGCAGUUGCCCUUUCUUGCUUUGGAUCAGUUAACGGAACGUUCUUCUGUGGAAGCCGUGUGUGCUAUAUUGCUGCAAGAGAAGGCCAUAUGCCAGACUUCCUUUCUAUGGUUCAUGUACGCUACUUUACACCUUUUCCUGCUUUGAUAUUUACUUCCGUGGUGUCGAUAAUAAUGGUAAUACCGGGAAGUUUCAGUGAGAUAGUGAACCUUUUCAGUUUUACAGCUUGGAUUUUCAAUGGGAUAAGUGUCACAAGUCUCCUGUAUUUAAAGAUGAAGAAACCAGAACUGCCAAGAUCUUACAAGGUACCAGUCAUCAUACCGAUCAUUUUUCUGAUGAUAUCAAUCUACCUUGUGCUGACACCCAUCAUUGACCAGCCACAGAUCGAGUUCUUUUAUGUUAUACUAUUCAUUCUCAGUGGUAUCGUAUUUUACUUCCCCUUGGUUCAUUACAAGUGUUGCCCUGCAUGCAUACGAAAAUUAAAUUUUUAUAUGCAGCUGUUACUGGAAGUUGCGGCAACUGAAAAGGGCAUGAAUUAAUAUUCAUAAGAUCGCUUUGGCAAAUGUUCUAAUCAUCUGUAUAGUUCUGAUCUGCACCAUUUUGGUAUAGAAAUGAGGGUACAGUUUUUCCUGCUUAUAUUUCAGAAACAUUUUGAAAGUGGAUCACAAUUGUUCCUGCCUCUAUCC